AUGUCAAAAGAAUCUUCUGAACCUAUUAAAUACCCUUGGUGGUAUGGCGGUGUAGGUGGCAUUGUUGCCACUAUGUGUACUCAUCCUUUGGAUUUAUCAAAAGUUAGAUUACAAACUUCACCAUUGCCAAGACCAUCUUUAUUCACUAUGUUUUCAACUAUUUUACGUAAUGAAGGUGUAGUAGGGCUAUAUUCAGGUUUAAGUGCUGCUAUUUUAAGACAGUGUACUUAUACAACAGCUAGAUUUGGUUGUUAUGAUGUGCUAAAGGAAUAUGUAAUUCCAAAGGAUAAAUUAAAUGACGUUUCAUAUCUAUUGCCUGCUUCAAUGGUUAGUGGAGCAAUUGGUGGGUUAGUUGGUAAUCCUGCAGAUGUUGUAAAUAUUAGAAUGCAAAAUGAUACUUCUUUAGAACCUCAUUUAAGAAGAAACUAUAAAAACGCAAUUGAUGGUUUAAUUAAAAUUUAUAAAUAUGAUGGUGGUAUUCCAAGAUUAUAUGCAGGUUUAUCCCCAAAUUUAAUUAGAGGUAUUUUAAUGACUUCAUCACAAGUAGUAACCUAUGAUUUAUUCAAAAAUUAUUUGGUUACAAACUUAAAUAUGAAUCCACAGGAGAAGAAGACUCAUUUUACUGCAUCAUUAAUGGCAGGUUUUAUAGCAACAACAGUUUGUUCACCAGCAGAUGUGAUGAAGACAAGAAUUAUGAACGAUCAUAAUCCAAAGCAUUCUGCCAUGAAGACAUUAAUUCUAGCUGUUCAAAACGAAGGUCCUCAAUUCAUGUUCAGAGGCUGGCUGCCAAGUUUUGUAAGAUUAGGUCCAUUUACUGUAUUGAUCUUUUUAACAGUCGAGCAAAUGAAAAAAUACAAGGUUGGCAUGUGA